AUGGCUGAGGUAGUGCAGACGAAUAGGGGGCAAGAAUGUCUUAUGACUGAGUUGGGUUGCUCCAUUGAGCAGUUCACCAGGUUGAAGCCCUCAGCUUUUGCCGGCAGUGCAGAUCCAGUUCAUGCUGAGAAUUGGAUCCAGGAGAUUAAGAAGAUCCUAGAUGUGUUGAACUGCAUUGAGAGGCAGAAAGUCACUUUUCCACGUUCAACCACGGUUAGAAACGCUAAGAUGGAGGAAUUUAUGAAUUUGACGCAACAAUCGCUGGCAGUGCAGCAGUACGAUGCCAAAUUCCAAGAGCUGUCCCGAUUUGCUCCAUUCUUGAUACCGGAUGAAGCAAAGAAGGCCUGGAAGUUUCAGAGAGGACUGAGGAGCGACAUCUGUAAGCAGACAGCGAUUUUGCAGUUCCAGGACUUUGUUACGUUGGUUGAUAAAGCAACAGUAGCAGAAGAAUGUUUGUUAGAGGACACAGAGGUUCAGGUCAAGAAGAAGAGGCCAGCGCCUCCUAAUUCUUCAUCUAGGGCAGGACAGGGUAAGUGCAAAAAGAACGGUGGUGGUACGUCCCAGAAUACCGCAAGUGUUCAACGUUGCUCUUUAUGUGGUAAGAUACACCAUGGGCAGUGUUGGUUGUCUACGGGGGCUUGUAUGUGGUGUGGUAGGCAAGGACAACAGAUGAGAGGCUGUCAGAUGCAGAGGAAUAGUGGAACCUUGUAG